UCUACUAAUUUAAUCACGUGCAUCGCAAGAACGAUGUACAGUUAGUACAAUUUGCCUGAAAUACAAUUGUAUCAAUUUUUAGACGUUUCAUACGAGAGCAGAUGAUCAUAAAACAAAGAUGGUGGUUGAGAGAAGAAAAUUCAUCGUAGUCAUGUUAGCUUUGCUGAUUUAUACUGAGGAUAAUUUAGGAAGGGCGUUUCAACCAGAGUUUACCGCUCCUAUUGCGAAUAUCACAGUAGCGCUUGGAAGAGAUGCUACCUUAACCUGUUUAGUGGAACACCUAGGAGGAUACAGGGUAGGAUGGGUGAAGGCCGACACAAAAGCAAUUCAGGCAAUCCAUGACCAUGUGAUAACUCAUAAUCCUCGAGUCUAUGUUUCACAUGGAGAUCAUUCGAUGUGGAGUCUUCAAAUAAAAGGUGUCCAGUUAGAAGACGCCGGGUUAUAUAUGUGUCAAAUCAAUACGGAUCCAAUGAAAAGCCAGACGGGUGUGCUAACAGUACAUGUUCCUCCGGAUUUUCUGUUGGGAGAAACUUCAGGCGAUGUUAUGGUGCGUGAAGGUGGACAGGUAUCAUUGACUUGCCACGCACGAGGAGUGCCUCAACCUACUGUUAAUUGGCGGAGAGAAGACGGAAAAGAUAUAAUUUUACGUCAGAACCAAAGCAUUUAG